AUGGGGGUCCAAAAGAAGACAAGGAAGUUCGCUCAGGUCAAGCGCCUCAUUGGCCAACGAGAUGAGAGGCUUAAGAAGAACAAGAUGAAGGCUGAAGAAGAGCACCAGAAAAAGCUCCAAACCGUUCAUGGGGAGGUUACUCGUGAAAUCCCACAAGUUCCGUCCGCCCUCUUCUUCCAACACAAUGAGGCCCUCCAACCCCCCUACCAAGUUCUGGUCGACACCAAUUUCCUCUCCCACACCGUCCAAAAGAAGCUCGAACUCCUCCCCACCAUGAUGAACUGCCUCUACGCCACCUGCCACCCUAUCAUCACCAGCUGCGUCAUGGCCGAACUCGAGAAACUGGGCACCAAGUACCGCAUCGCCCUCCGCAUCGCCCGCGACGAGCGCUGGGAGCGCGUCCAGUGCGAUCACAAGGGCACCUACGCCGAUGACUGCAUCAUCGACCGCUGUCUCAAGCAGCGUGUCUACAUCGUCGCUACGAACGAUCGAGACCUCAAGCGCCGGAUUCGGAAAAUUCCCGGUGUGCCCAUCAUGAGUGUUGCACGGGGCAAGUACGUAAUUGAACGUCUGCCGGAGGCACCGGGCUCUUGA